AUGUGGAAGACCAAGGACGGACAGACGUUCAUCCCUUCAACCCGCGAGCCUCAAAUUCUGCGACAGCGGAGAGGACGGCUUGAAAAAGGGAGACCGAGUGACCUACGGGUUUCUUGUCGGGGCUACGGCCCCAGCGAUAAACUGAGGUCGGCGCCGGAGCUCCGCCCGCCACCUCGGCCGGGCCGGGAGGACCCGAGGGGCACCGGCGGGCGGGCGAGGCGAGGCGCCCAGCAAUUCCGCUCCCUCCCGGAGCCCCCGACCCGGGCCGCGCCUCCCGCCACGUCCGGGCGCGAACGCUCGGCGCCCGCCGGCCGGGCCCGUCACGACCCCGUCACGACCCCGUCACGACCCCGGCGCCGCAGAGCCCACCCCCGCGCGGCCCGCAGCCCUCCCCGGGACGCAGCCCGGUCCCACGGCUCGACCAGCAGCCGGGCCGCGGCCCCGCGCACCUUCCCGCCUCACCUGCGCUCCGGGGCAGCCCUGCACCUCCUCGCCCGCUCCGCGCGCCCCGUCGGGGCACGCACCGACCCCCCGGCCGCGGUGACUCGGGCCGCGACGGCCGCCGCCGCCUCUUCCUCCUCAGCACAGGCCCCGGCGGCGAGCAGAGGCCUCCACCAAGUCCCUUCACUCGUCCGCGCCGCCCGGAGAAAAUGUCACCAGAGGCCGUUCCGCUCGGCGCCUCACUUCCGCCCGGAACCACAGAGCCCGCCCCGGUCGGCUAGAGCGGCCGCUGCGGCGGCGGCCUCCCGGGACUGGCGCGGGAAGCCGAGGGAAAGCCAGACAGCGCCACCUGGCGGAAGGGGACGCGCGCUCCUCCCGCUGCAGAGCGCCGGCCGCGCGGCCACCAGCUUCCCGGGCUUCUUUCCCGCGCUGCAUCCAUCCGCUCUAGGCAGCUCCCUUCCAGAAACGUCCUUCCCAGAGGGUCGGAAACCAGUCAGCGCAAGCCAAGGACAAUGCCCUAAGAGGAGGACAGCGCUCCCUUGUCCGUACGAUCCUCAGUACUCACCUUUCCUGAAGGCUUCCCGCAGGAAGCUCGUCGUGUCCGAAUCCUUGAGCGGCUCCAGCAGGGAGUCCGCUCUCUUCUCCCCCCGCUUCUUCGCGGAUGCCGACAGCUCGGCUCGGGGACACUGGGCUGCGCUCUUCUCCGGCCGGGGCCUCAACAUCCCGUGCAAGUUUCUGGUCGGGAACCUGGCAGGCCCGGCAGACGCUGUCCUACAAACGUGUCCAUCCCCUAGCCUGCCUGUAAUAUCAGUGAUUCUCUUCCUACCUUUGGCCGUAAGUCUUGGAGGCCAAGACCAGGCCGUCCAAAUCACUCUCCGGCAUCAUUGCUUGCUCCUGAUGCACCACCAGCAGUGGGGCUGGGCCUGCAGCAGGUGCCUAUUAGAACUGGUGGCCUCGGGGCCCUGGGUGGCUCAGUUGGUUAAGUGUCUGCCUUUGGCUCCAGUCAUGAUCCCAGGGUCCUAGGAUCAAGCCCCGAGUCGGGCUCCUCACUCAAG